AUAACUGAAUAUAGUAGGACUGAUUUUUGUCAUCACUGCUGAACCUCAGCAGCGAUCCAUGGUACACUUCUCACAAAACCAUGUUAGACCAAGAUACACUAAAUGCCAUUAUUUCAACGUUUCCCUGACAUAGUUCACAACUCAACUGAAUACAAGAUGCAAACAAAUUUGUACGUUCAUCCGGAUGGACUUUUGCGGUGAGGUAGUAUCCCGUGGACAUCCAAGGCAUAAAAUCUAUCCAUUGGAUGAAUGGACCGUUUGGUGUGUGGCGGUCUUUAGGAUGGCUGGAUUUCAUACUGUUAAGUUAUACGUAAAUUCUUCAAGUAUGUAAUCUGUUUCAGAUGGGAGCACAGUAUUCAGCUACAGAAUAACCAGAGGCAGAGCUGCCAUUCGCAGAACUUGUGCUAAAAUAACUUAGCUAGAUCCUGUAUUAUCUGGUUCUGACUUUACCGGGUGACUUUUGAACGUUAUAAAGCUAUCAUCUGUGACUUCUAGGCAUUGAUAAUAUGGAGACUCUACCAAUGAUGGUGGUGAAAAUCAUAGCUCACUGUUUAAAUCCAAUGGAGUUGGCAGCAUGCUGUGGUACCAGCCAAACCUGGAGAGAAAUCUUUGGAAAUGACAUUUUCUGGGAACGUUACUGCAGCAGUAACAUAGCAGAGCACCUUGCUACUGCUGUAAGUAGAGUGCAGCCAAAGUUCGUAUCUCCAGAAAAUGAGCAAUUGGAAAACACUCUAAGUCCUAUAGGAGAGUGGAGAUUAGCUUUCAUGAAAGAACAUAUCCUGUGGAACCACUGGAAAAAUGGGGAGAUGAUACAGGAAAUGAUAAAUAUACAGAACCCAUACUGGGUGCCAAGUUAUGAAGGAGCACGAUGUGAAUUUGUUACCAACGACCAUCUAAUUACCUUUAGAAGGAACCGAGUAAUGCUGUGGAACAUCAGCAACUAUCCACAGUAUAUCAGCGAUCCAGUUCUUCCGUUGUCAUCUCACGUAGUGAAUUUUUAUUCACAAUUAGAUGAAAACAAAAUUAUCUUUGUUCAGGGAACUAUAGUUCAAAUUUAUUGUUAUGGGUUUCCAAUAAAUACAAAGUGGAGCCUUGAACAAUAUUUUAUGUUUAAUAGAACAGACAGGACUAGAGUAAAUAUAAUGAAAGACAUGGAAACUGUUCCUUCUAAUGUAGGUUGCAUCGUGAAGGAGAAUUUUUUUGUAGGUUAUUGUGACGACCAACUACAUAUUUGGAAUCUAUCUGGUACCAAGCUGGGGACAGUUUUAUGUCCGGGUUUGAACAAUUAUGAAAUAAGUGGCAUUGUAACAUCAAAGACACCUUCAAAGGACCUUUUAAUUGAAGUUGUCAGAAAUAACAAGAAUCACCUCUAUGUCUUCAAUCUGGACAAACUUGAAUUCUACCCCUCAACAUAUAAUUAUGGAGAUAGUUGGAGAUCAUCUUAUGCUAUAGCAAAUGGAUUGUUGGCUAUAUGCCAUAAACACUCUUUUAAAAUCUAUAACUACCACACCAUCACGCUGGUGUGGAUGAUGCCUGCAGCCUACACAGUAGGAGUUUUGUUCCUAGAAGAUUACUUUAUUUUUAUAGCAACGAAUACUAUGUAUACAUUCCACACAAUCACUGGAUCGUCUCAAUGUAUAUUUGUAGAUUUAACGGAUGAUAUUGAAAAUAUAUACAGAUUUAAUGAUACUAUCAGUGAUAAAUUUGUUUUACAAACACACAGAUGGAAUGAAAUAUUAUACGAAGUUGAUCUAAAAUCAACUCCCAUAAAAUUUAAAACAACCAAACUCCAGGAAGCUGGCUUCUUAUUUCAUGAUGACAUAGUUAUAAACAAUUCAUGUACAAAGGCAGCUACAAUGUUGACACACAACAGAGUGAAAAUAAUCAGCAAAUGGUAAUUGAUUGAACAUUCAAAAUUCAGUGGAAGCAGUUAUUAUUAUUUUAUAUUUGUUAAUAAGACAUAAUAUAUUAGGUAUAAGAGGUUAGAUGUGUGUGUAUAUUAAAAUCAGCACAGAUAGAUAUAAUUUAUUAUUCUUAUUAGACUGUUUAUUAGUUUGCAUUUACUUACAAACUGUGUGUGUUAGAUAAGCACUAUGUAUAAGCUGUAAAUAAAUGUGUUACCUUUAGUGACCUUUGUACAAGAGUUCAUCAAACUCUAUACAAGUGGAGUCCACUUCACAAAUCAUUUGAUUUUGUUAUUAAUAUUUAUGAACUUGUUCAUUGUUGUACUGUAUAUUAUAGUGAUAUACUUUAUAGUUUGUAUUUCCUACUGACUAUUAGAAAAGUAAAAAAAAAAUUAUAUUUCUGAUA